AUGGGACACUUAAUUCCCUAGGGAGGUCAAGCCCCGAUGCACUUGGGUUCCGGGUGGGGGUGAAGCGUCUCGGGUGCUUCUCACCCUUCCCUGUCCCCGCCCCCAAGCCUGCGGAUUCGCUUUCGGUUGGGCAAGCUAAGAGUCCGGGGACGUUGACUCUGGACUAGCAGCAGAUGUCGCUGCCCUCCCCUGGUACCCAGCUGUGCUUGCAGCUGGUUCUCACUUGCAACUACUAAAGAGAAAUGCCCGGGAGGAGAAAACACGUCGAUCGUGUGCAGAGGCCACCGAAACCUCUUUAUCGCUCCCACCUGAAGUCCAAAGGCGGCUUAGCUUGCUCGUUGGAGAGUCCUGUCGUUCAGGCGGAGCUCCGCCCCUAAGCUACAUCCCCGAGGUUGCCCCGCCUCUCCCAGCAAGGCGAGGUCCGGAUUGGACAACUCCGGGGUGGGCGUGACUUAUGGCUGCGCUGGGACCGCGGGAGUACCGGGGUGGUUACUGAGGCCAGGGGAUUCUGGAGUAGUGCUGGGGGUCCUAGUCGGUGGCUCCUGUAGCCCGGUCAUAGAUUCGAACCUGAGGUCGGAGCCGGAGGCGGCGAGUCGGGGAGGAGCUCAGAGAGGGCGGGAUUUCCGCCGAGAGGGAUCCGGCCGCUCGGGGGGUGGGGCUUCCCCGACCGGGCUGCGUUUCCCGCGUGCGGGGCUGGGUGCUGUGAGCCCCUGCAGACACCCUCCGCGUCCUCCCCCAGGCGGCCAAGGAUGACCACCCUCACGCGCCAAGACCUCAACUUUGGCCAAGUGGUGGCCGACGUGCUCUCCGAGUUCCUGGAGGUGGCCGUGCACCUGAUCCUCUAUGUGCGCGAGGUCUACCCGGUGGGCAUCUUCCAGAAGCGCAAGAAGUACAACGUGCCGGUUCAGAUGUCCUGUCACCCGGAGCUGAACCAGUACAUCCAGGAUACACUUCACUGCGUGAAACCACUCCUGGAGAAGAACGAUGUGGAGAAGGUGGUGGUGGUGAUUUUGGAUAAGGAACACCGCCCAGUGGAGAAGUUUGUCUUUGAGAUCACUCAGCCACCCUUGCUGUCCAUCAAUUCAGACUCCCUCCUGUCUCACGUGGAGCAGCUGCUUCGAGCCUUCAUCCUUAAGAUCAGUGUGUGUGAUGCUGUCCUGGAUCACAACCCUCCAGGCUGCACAUUCACAGUCCUUGUGCACACAAGAGAAGCUGCCACUCGGAACAUGGAGAAGAUACAGGUCAUCAAGGACUUCCCAUGGAUCCUGGCAGAUGAACAGGAUGUCCACAUGCAUGACCCCCGCUUGAUACCCCUAAAAACCAUGACAUCGGACAUUUUAAAGAUGCAGCUCUACGUUGAAGAGCGAGCUCACAAAAACAGCUGAGGGCAUGCCUGCCACCAGAUGCCCAGCUGUCCCACUCUGGGGACUAGGCCCAGGGCGGUGCUGCAGGGCCCCAGACUCCAAGUGCUCUUACUGCCUUGACAUGUGGCCGCCCCUCUGGUCAGAAUGCUCAGCCCUGCUUGCCUUUGUGAGGCAGCCUUCCCCGGAGCCCAGGGGAAGGACGCCAGGACAGAUGCCACUUCUCAGCAGCCUCCUGGGCUCAGCUGGCUGACACUGUCCAUCUGAAAACACUGUGCUGUGCGUUGUUGUUAAUAAAGUGGCCCCAAGGGCUGACUGCAUUGUCAUUAGCCAAACAGGA